GCUCCAGGCUCGCGCAACGCGAAGCUUUCAAAGUUCAGGCGGCAUCCCUCAGCCUGCUCCGCCCCGAGCCCCCAGCAAUUCCUCCCACAUCGCCCGUUGGUGCACAAUUCUGCUUUGGCUCGCUAUGUGAAGGGUUAUCACCUCGAACAACAGUCUCAUCACCGCCAGCUUGACUAAGGCAUACCGUGGACUCCGCUUGGAACAGACAUCGGCAAGCACGAUGGCGCCGCUUCCGUCCCAUCCCCUUUACAUCAAGUUUCUUGAACAGUGUGUGGAUUCCCCGCCAAGGGUUAGGGGCCUCUCGUUUCAGGUUUACACCGACCUUCUGCUAGCAAAGCAGUGGUGGAGUGUGCAGCCCAUAGAUGUGCCCUCUCUUGACAAGAUCGUGCUUGUUGCGCGUAGUCAGCAGCAUGAUAAGCGUGAGUGGAUCAUCCCAAUGAAUCCGCAAGAAAAUUGGUCGAUGGAGUGGCUGUCCCGAACAUUCGCCAAUCUUUCAUCUGUCGCCCGAGGCGUGGAAAGCGUGGUGCUUGCAAUCGUCUCGACAGACGCAACAAUCGUCUACUACCGGAUUCAUAAGGGAUUGGUUCCGCCAAAGGAAACCAAAGAAGCUUAAUCGCGUAGCUUGUUCAGGACGAAGCCCUAUACUUCAUCCGUUGGUCUAUCCAGACGCUACUCCGCUAUGGAUGGCUCAUGCUUUUGGCUUUAGUGUCCUCUCAUUCUGCACUCCUCAUUGUACAUAGCGUUGCUGAAGACACGGUUCGUCCAAUCAGCCCUCAUCAAAAGAUUCAUACCCAACC